AAUGACGUCGGUGGUACACUGGUGUACGCUGGUAACGGCUGGGUGGACUGUAUAGUUACUUCCAACAUUAAAAUGGGACUAAAUGCGGUGGAUUUUAAGUAAAUAAACACGUCAAUUUCAGCGUGAUUAAUUAACGCUUCUUAAUUAACACAUUAAUACGUGUGGAGGUCGUUUGAAGGGGUCUAUUUUCGGCUUUUUAUCAGCGAUAUUUCAGGGAGAGGAGCGACGUCCUCUUCACCACAGCAGCUGCAGGGGAAGUUUGUCACUUUUGUCCCCGUUGAACAAACAAUGAACUGAGGACCUCCACGCUGUAAAACGUCACACAUCUCUGCAGCACCCACUCUACGCGCUCUCGCCGCCCGCCAGCAAAAGGGGUCGACAGCGUUGCCUCACCACACCUGGGCAGAGAAAUGUGUGUGUGCGUGUGCCCUCGGAUGCAUGACUGUGUCUGAGUGCUUUUGGGCUGAAGUAAGAGGUAGUAGGCUGCACUUCCUCUCGCACCCUCUGAGAGGCGCUUCACCACUUGACUGACUACGACAUUUGUCUCCACAACUGCAAAGCAUCAUGGGUAGGAAAAAGAUUCAGAUCCAGCGGAUCACCGAUGAAAGGAACAAGCAGGUGACAUUCACAAAGCGAAAGUUUGGCUUGAUGAAGAAAGCCUACGAGCUGAGUGUAUUGUGUGACUGCGAGAUCGCUCUGAUCAUCUUCAACCAUGCCAACAAGCUGUUCCAGUAUGCCAGCACUGACAUGGACAAGGUCUUGCUCAAAUACACAGAGUACAACGAGCCUCACGAGAGCCGGACCAAUGCAGACAUUAUUGAGACUUUGAGAAAGAAAGGCUUCAACGGUUGUGACAGUCCAGAGCCAGACGGUGAAGACUCCAUCGACCAAAGUCCCCUAAAUGAUGACAAGUACCGUAAGACCACAGAGGACCUGGAUGUUCUCUUCAAACGCUACGGACAGUCGACCGCUCCGACCCAGACGUUCUCCAUGCCUGUCACAGUCCAGGCGUCCAAUCAAAGCACACUGCAGUUCACUAACCCUGGCAACGCACUGGUAACUACCUCCUAUGUAACAUCAUCAUCGCUCACGGAUACCCACCUCCUGUCGCCACAGCAACCGGCUCUUCAGAGAAAUACGGUGUCUCCUGGGUUGCCACAGCGACCAGCCAGUGCAGGUGCUCUUCUCGGAGGCGAGCUGAAUAAUUCAAAUGGAGGAUGCCCAAGUCCAGUCCCUAAUGGAUACAACAGUGCCAGGGCCUCCCCAGGCCUCCUCACCGUUUCCAACGGCAACAGUCUGGGGAAAGUAGUUCCGGCCAAGUCUCCACCCCCACCUCCCAGCCCCCAGAUGGUCACCAGCCGCAAGCCAGACCUCCGAGUCAUCACCUCACAGGGCGGAAAGAGCCUCAUGCAGAUGACAGAGGAUGAGCUGGAAUUGGUAAAUGAGAACGCCCAGCGGCUGGCAGCAGGAGUCCAGGUGGCACAAAGCCUCACCACACCGGUAGUCUCUGUGGCCACACCGAGCCUCCUGGCACAGGGGCUGCCCUUCUCCGCCAUGCCCACAGCGUACAACACAGAGUACCAGCUGACCAGUGCAGACAUCACUGCUUUACACGCUCUGGCGUCACCUGGCGGCUUGUUGCCAACAUCAUGGCAACAGCAGGCUGUUUCCCAGCAACAACAGCAGCAGCAACAACAGCAAGCACAGCAACAACAACAGCAGCAGCAACAACAACAACUUAAUCUUGCAUCACUCAGCAACUUGGUCAUGUGGGGCGUGGACAAACAGUGCAGCGAGCUGUCUAGCCAGGUGUCCAGUCUGGCUGCCAACCUGAGUGUUGGCUCUCCGUCCAACCUGCUCUUGGGUAGAGAUGAGUGGUUGGGCCGGCCUGUGACCCAUAUACCUCAAGGCGCCAUGCUGACCGUCAACACAAACUCCUGCGUGAGCAUCAAGUCAGAGCCCGUCUCGCCCGGCCGGGAUCGCAGCACCCCUUGCCCUCCUCCAUCUUCCACCACGCCGUCCUCGACCUCAGGGGGAGCCAUCCUGACCGCGCCGCCACAGUACCCCGGCUCCCUGCUGUGCCUGGAGCCCCCGACCGGCCGCUCGCCCGCAGACAGCGUCAGCAGCAACGCCAGCUCCUUUGAAGGCAGCGAUCGCGAUGACACUGGUGCAGCCGGCGGCGGAGGGGGAGGCGGCGGCGGUGGUGGCGGCGCAGCUGGCGCUACGGGAAACGUCGGUCCCGGCAGCCGCCCCGACUUCAGCCCCUCAGCCGAGCUCCUCAGGGCGUCGAACGAUCCGGAGCAGGAGGGAGGAAACAUCAAGCGCAUGAGAUUGGACACCUGGGUCACAUAGAGUCGCCUGCCACACCUCACUGAACCCACAGGGAAGUUCUGCUGACACUCAAACACCCACAACACCCACAACACACACCCACACUCAUUCUUAAACCCCCACUGCCCCGACCCCACUGCCAUGUGACACUAUCAUCACACAUCUGCCUCUGUCCAAAAUUAUACAACUCAGCUGCGUCACCCGGACUUAUGAGGCUUUGCCAAAAAAAAAAAAUAGAAAUAAAAAUCCUUUGGGGAUCACGCUCUGAGUGAGGAGAGGAUGACUUUACUCAGCUGGAUAUUUUGUCCUGUGUAGAUCCUUGAAUAGAGGGACAGUAGAUUUUUAAAGCCUUCUUGCUUGAAUGGACUCCCGUGUAGUCAUUUUUGUUUUGUAGAAAUGAGGUGUUGAACCUUUGCAAUCUGACAAAACCAUAAAAACAUUUAUCUAUCACAUGGUUUCACCUUCACGUAUUUACAUCGAGCUCUGCUACAUUGUUCACGUUGUGAUUGGUGGCUUGUCGACGUUAUGGGACUUGUAUGACUCACCACUUCCUGCUCUUUUUAAAUCCAAGGUCGCUUGGAUUGCGUGCUGUCCAUUCUUCCAUAAGUCACUUCCAAACUGCACUUUUGGAUAGAACUUAAUCUGGACAAGUUUGAGGACUGAGCAUCUAUCUGGCACUGAGCAAACGGACUCAAACUGGCUCUUCUAGGUAAAGAUACUUCACCGUGAAUGGUUCUUUCUGCUGCCACCUUCUCCCAACCUCGUACACCCAGGCAGGCCCGAGCCCUCAGGUGGAGCCGAGCACCGAGUGCCAAUAUCAACCUCUCUUCAACAAAAAAAGCCAAAUGCCUCUCGCACACGGUGCAGGGACAAUGACGAUUUAUCACUCGCACUGUCACGGAAACGAGAACUAGAAACUGUUGAUGCUUUUCAGGCUUCGAAUUUCGCCGUCACUCUCUCCUCAGACGGGGUGCUCCUCCCGUCCUCUCACCUCAUUUCUUCUGGAACUUGGAUGGAAAUUGUUGUACCAGAAAUCCAGCCAGCCACUCAGCUUAUUACCAGGAGUAGAUGCCAUCCAGUUAAAUGCAUAGAGUUUUUGAGCCUCUCUGGUGGCUUUUUUUGGGUAGGGAAAGUAUUUGGUCCUUUCAGUCCAAGUGUUCUUUAUCUGUUGGUAUUUAAACAAAAAAAAAAUCUGUUUUGAAGGUUCGUUGGUUGUCCAGAAGUAGGAAUUCUGACUUUGUAUAAAAAUCACUCCUUAUACAAAAAGCUUUGAUGUCCUCUUUAGCUCUCUCUAGCUCUCCUUAGCUCUUUGCCGUGUUUCAAAAAGUGAAAGGAAAAAGACAUUUUCUAUAUUUCUACCGCUUCAGUUGGCGACAAAGUAAAAUAGCUUUUCAGCUUCAACGACGUGUAUGUACAUAUGACUAUAUUUGCAUAGACUUUGCUAGGUAUCCCUAAAAACAAGCAAUGUGUUGAUUCUCAGUGGAUCUGUUUGCAUAUAUGAGUGUGAAUUUGAUAUGUUUCGAGCUACGGUGCAGGGGUUUCGCCACACUAGGUAGUGCUGGUGGAUCGGACUUGUUUCAGUAAACCUAUUUUAUGCUAGUGUUGAUGGUUUGUGCACUUUCUGUCUCACUCACAGAGGCCUGCUUGGUUGUGGUGUCAUCAUGUUCUCCUACCACACAUUUUUUUAAAAACCCACAAUCAAAGUAAAACUGUCCAUAACCACCUGAACAUGAAACGAUUAGGACACUGCCAUUCACUUAUUGUGUAGCUAAGAGAUAAAACGCACUUAUUUGACGCAUAUUUUCAUUGACAGAAUCUUUUCCACGUUAAGCAGACACAGAUUAUGCCUUUGUUUCACUUUGGAAUUAAGUGCUGUGUUGUUUAAUUGUAUGUUUUAUAGUACAGAUUUGUUUGGUCUCAACCAUUUCAAGUUUGUGUGUAUGAGUGUGUGUACACAGGUUGUUUAUAGCCUACAAAUAGAAAGUUUCUCCUGAUUGCUUGACCUUUUUUUUUCCUUGAGACGAUGCUCAAAGUGCAAACUGGCGUGUCAGCUGUUGUUUGUUGGCUGUUUUUUUAUCUACUUAAACAAUCUUACACUUUUAGGUCAGUGUAGGUGAAGACGACGGCGGCUUUUAUGAAUCGAUGCCGUUUGGUCUGAGCAGAGUGUCAAACCAGUGUUUGACACCGACACUGGCGGUUUGUGGCGAGUGUACGGAAGAAACAUCGCGGUGCUGUGUGACGUGUUCUCGCCAGUGUUGUUGAUGUUUUCCAUGAGGUUAUUUUUCCGUCCCUCAUUCGACAGUGUGGUAGCUUUUCACUCUGCUAAGUUCAGUUUAGUAUUGUUUUCUUCUUUCAAUCGUCAAUUUAACAUCCAACACUUUCAAUAAACUCAUGUUGGAGAAAAUUAGCCUCUUAAACCGUUAAAGGAGUAAUUCUACAUUUUGGGAAACUCGCUUAUUCGCUUUCUUACCGAGAUUAAGAUGAGAAGAUUGAUACUCAUGUUUCUGCAGUAAAUCUAAAGCUACAGUCGGGUAGUUAAGCAGGAAACGGGGGCAAACCGCUAGCCUGGCUCUGUCCAAAGGUAACAAAACUCGCCUUCCAGCACCUCUGAAGCUCACCUCUAAUGCAGUGUUCCUGUCAUAAUAUUCAGACGGCGAUUACGAACAAUUUUCAUCCAAAUUUAGCUUAAAUUUUACACGUUUUUCCAGAAAUCUUUCAAAAAAUAUAAUAUAAUUUAUAUUAUAUAUUAUAUAUAUAUAUAAUUAUUUAUAAGCCGUACACUGUCAUUUCCACCUCAGCACCACCUUUUUUUCAAGUUCUUCAAAAUCAAAUAUUAGCACUCUUUCAAUCAAUUCAGUUUUGUAUCUGGUUUCCCGUGUUAACGAACCGUGCAAAUGCAUAACAUUCGCUAAUUUGGGCAAUUUAAAUGUGCUAAAUGCGAGAUUGGGAGCAUUUCUAUUGCCUCUGCACAGCUCUCAACAUGGCGAAAGCGGAGCCGGCAGCUUGUAGUUAACGGCGCUGACAGUGAAAACAAGGCAGCACUGCUGACGGGGCUAACAAUGUUAACCUGGGGAGGGAACCAGAGGGUGGGUGCUAUGCUUUUGUGACGGCACCGUUAGUCGGGACGGCGUUAACAGCUGUAACUGCCGUAUGAGAGCAGUGCAGAGCAUUGGCCGUGAGCUAGCCAGUGGGGCACGCUCACAUGCAUUAACAUGCACGAAAAGGCAUGCCCGGCUAUGUCAACAAAGCAAGGAAAAGCUUGGAUUACAACAGAGGGAGAGCGACUUCAUUCUCUGCUCAGGUAGACAUUACUCCACUAUAUCUUUACAAAGCAAAUAGUUUUUUGCUGCUAUAUUAAUGCUCUGAAUAUUGAAUAGAAAACCUUUAAAUUACUGAGAUUUAGAGGUGCUGGUAGGCUUUUUUUUAAAUCUUUGGACAUAGCCAGGCUAGUUGUUUCCAGACCUUAUGCUAAGCUAAGCUAACCGGCUGUAACUUCCUAUUUAACAGACAGUCAAACUUCUCAUCUAACUCUCUGCAAGACAGCGAAUAAGCACAUUACCCAAAAUGUCGAACAAGUUCUUUGAAGAUCCAACUGAUGAGUGAUACCAGCCUUCAGGCAGAGCUAAUGAGUCAUUUCCAUUUUUACAAAACUAAUUUCAAUGGAAACUCUUUGUGUUUGUGGGGGCUGGUGGUUGACUGAAAUGUGACACCACACCGAUUGGCUUCCUGCCUCAUGCAGUUUUGUUCAUGUACAAAAAAGGUUCUCUGUCCAAUUUAGGAGUUUAGUCACAUGACAAUCUAUAUGAGAAAUGAAAACCUGCACCCCUGUUACUUGUUGUGUACAAUGUUUUUUAGAAUCUCACUAUUUUUGGAUUAAUUUGUGCUGGUGGCAGUUCCAUUGUCUAUUAUUAUGAUGAUAUUAUUAUGGAGCUUUUAUUUUAUUGCUAUUUUGUGUAGGAUAGUUUUUAUUUUCUCUCUUAUUUUCUCUUCCUUAUCAUAAACAUAGUACUGGUUUCCUUUUUUUAAAACAACUUGCUGAAAAUUGCACGAUCAGUUAUUGUGGUAUUAGUAAAUGCAAUGAAGGAAAUACCAGUUAAAUGCUGCAAUUUUAAUUAAGAUAUAGAAUAUAUUUAUAAAAACGGGGAAACAACUGAAAUUAGUAAUUCAUGAAAUUUGAAAAAAAAAAAAAAAAGUAAAUGCAUGAGAUACAGGUAACAACAAAACUUAUGUUACGUACAGUAAUGAUAAAGGACAUGCAUCACAAAUGAGUUUGAAAACAACUCAGAAUAAUGUAGCAUAUGGAAUACUAAAGAUGAAAUUUAUAGCUAAUAUAUUGUGUUGAGCUAGUCUGCUUUGGGUUUUUGUUGUAAAGAAAAUAUUUCUUUUUGUUGUUUUUUUUGAGAAUGAUAUACAAUUUGUGUAUAUUUUCAUAUACAAAGUAUGCACUGAUAUGUUAUUGAAAUUCUAUACCGCUUUUACAAAAAAGUGUUUGUUGUACCAAAGUAUCCACGUCCCUUGAAACCUUACCCUUUUUGCGUAUGUUUUACCGUAUUUUAUAUAUUAAAUAGACAAACUGAGUGAAAUGAA